GCGCAGACGGAAAAGACGGAAAAACUUUUGACAAGCCAGGUGGUGGCUAUCAGCUUAAUCACUAACACACUGAGCAGUAUUAAUUCAAUUAAAUAAUAAUAGCAAACCGCAACAAAAAGAAAUCUUACAAAAUCGAAAAAUUUUAAUUUAAACGUAUUACAUAGCAACGACCGAAACGAGCAUACGAAAAAAUGGAGAAUUUCACGCCCAAGGAGGUGAAAAUUCUGGAAACAGUCGAGGACAUUCAAGAGCGUCGAGAACAGGUGCUUACGCGGUAUAAUGAAUUUAAGAUCGAGACCCGCCAGAAGCGCGAGAAACUAGAAGAUUCACGACGCUUUCAAUACUUCAAGCGAGAUGCGGACGAGCUAGAAUCUUGGAUUCAUGAAAAGUUACAGGCCGCAAGCGAGGAGAGCUAUCGCGAUCCCACAAACUUGCAAGCGAAAAUUCAAAAGCAUCAAGCCUUCGAAGCGGAGGUCUCAGCUCAUAGCAAUGCUAUUGUCUCACUUGACAACACAGGUCAAGAGAUGAUCAAUCAACAGCAUUUUGCUUCCGAAACGAUUUUACGUCGAUUGGAUGAAUUACACCGUUUGUGGGAGUUGCUGUUGAGUCGUCUAGCGGAGAAGGGCCAAAAAUUGCAGCAAGCAUUGGUUUUGGUGCAGUUUUUGCGACAAUGCGAAGAAGUCAUGUUUUGGAUCAAGGACAAGGAGGCUUUCGUUACAGCAGAUGAAUUCGGCCAAGAUUUGGAGCAUGUGGAGGUUUUACAGCGUAAGUUUGACGAAUUCCAAAAGGAUAUGGCUUCGCAGGAGUAUCGUGUCAUCGAAGUGAACCAGUUGGCCGACAAGCUGGUUCAAGACGGCCACCCAGAACGCGAAACAAUAACCAAACGCAAGGAGGAAUUGAACGAGGCUUGGCAGCGCCUCAAGCAGUUGGCAAUUGUGCGCCAAGAAAAAUUAUUUGGUGCGCAUGAAAUUCAAAGAUUCAAUCGCGACGCCGAUGAGACCGUUGCUUGGAUCGCCGAAAAAGAUGUUGUACUAUCAUCGGACGACUACGGCCGUGACUUGGCCAGUGUACAAGCUUUGCAGCGCAAACACGAGGGCGUGGAACGCGAUCUAGCUGCCCUCGAGGAUAAAGUAUCCACCUUGGGCGCGGAGGCAUUACGUCUUUGUUCAAUUCAUGCCGACCAUAGCGACCAAAUUCGCGACAAGCAGGCAGAAAUUGCCAACUACUGGCAAAGCUUAACGGCGAAGGCUCGCGAGCGUAAGCAGAAGCUGGAUGAGUCGUACUUCUUGCACCGUUUUUUGGCUGACUUCCGCGACUUAGUGUCAUGGAUAAAUGGCAUGAAGGCCAUAAUUUCCGCCGAUGAGUUGGCCAAGGAUGUAGCUGGAGCCGAGGCACUUUUGGAACGUCACCAGGAGCAUAAGGGUGAGAUCGAUGCUCGCGAGGACAGCUUUAAAUUGACUACCGAGUCGGGCCGCAAACUAUUAGAGCGUGAACAUUACGCUGCAGCUGAGAUUCAAGAAAAAUUGGCUGCAUUAGAAAAUGACAAAAGUUCAUUGUUGUCUUUAUGGGAAGAUCGUCGCAUCCUGUAUGAGCAGUGUAUGGAUUUGCAGCUAUUUUAUCGCGAUACCGAACAAGCAGACACAUGGAUGGCUAAGCAAGAGGCUUUUCUUGCCAAUGAAGAUCUUGGCGAUUCCUUAGACUCUGUUGAGGCUUUGAUAAAAAAGCACGAGGACUUUGAGAAGAGUCUCGCUGCGCAGGAAGAGAAAAUCAAGGCACUUGAUAUAUUCGCCACUAAGCUAAUCGACGGUCAGCACUAUGCUGCCGACGAUGUGGCACAACGUCGUCAAAUGCUGCUCGCACGACGGUCGGCGUUGCAAGAAAAGUCCGCACGGCGGCGACAGCUGUUGGAAGAUUCCAAUCGUUAUCAGCAGUUUGAACGCGACUGCGACGAGACCAAAGGUUGGAUCAGUGAGAAACUGAAGUUUGCCACCGAUGACAGCUAUUUGGACCCAACCAAUUUGAAUGGCAAAAUGCAGAAACAUCAAAACUUCGAACAUGAACUCAACGCUAACAAAUCCCGUAUUGAGGACAUCACAACAGUAGGUACUGAGCUGAUCGAAAAGAAACAUUACGCAUCUGACCAGAUUAACACACGCAUGCAGGAGAUUGUUGUAUUAUGGGAGACAUUGGUGCAGGCUUCCGAUAAAAAGGGCUGCAAACUACACGAGGCUUGUCAACAGCAACAAUUCAAUCGCACCAUUGAAGACAUAGAGCUGUGGCUAAGCGAAAUCGAGGGCCAGCUGUUGUCCGAAGACCAUGGCAAGGAUUUGACAUCGGUGCAAAAUUUACAGAAAAAGCAUGCACUGCUCGAGGCGGACGUCAUGGCCCAUCAGGACCGUAUCGAGAGCAUCAAAGUGGCUGCGAAUAAAUUCAUCGAGUCUGGUCACUUUGAUGCAGACAACAUUCGGCACAAGGAAGCCAAUUUGUCUGAGCGUUACGCUGCACUAGCUGCCCCGAUGGCCGAGCGGAAGCAGCAUUUAUUGGAUUCACUACAGGUACAGCAACUAUUCCGCGACUUAGAAGACGAGGCGGCUUGGAUACGCGAGAAAGAGCCCAUCGCUGCUUCGACCAAUCGCGGUAGGGACUUAAUUGGCGUGCAAAACCUUAUUAAAAAACAUCAGGCUGUUUUGGCUGAGAUCAACAAUCACGAGCCCCGCUUACUUAAUGUCAUCAGUUCAGGUGAGAAUAUGCUGAAGGAGCAGCCAUUUGCUAGCGAGGAUAUUCGCCAGCGCUUGGAUGCAUUGCAGGAACAGUGGAAUACACUAAAGGACAAGUCAAAUCAACGCAAACAAGAUCUUGAAGACUCUCUCCAAGCACAUCAGUAUUUUGCUGACGCCAACGAGGCCGAGUCAUGGAUGCGUGAGAAGGAACCAAUAGCUACCAGCAACGAUUACGGCAAGGACGAAGACUCUGCCGAGGCAUUACUGAAAAAGCACGAAGCACUAGUUUCUGAUUUGGAAGCCUUCGGUAAUACCAUACAGGCAUUGCAAGAACAAGCUAGAAACUGUCGGCAACAAGAAACGCCUGUCGUCGACAUAACUGGCAAGGAAUGUGUUGUGGCCCUUUACGACUAUACUGAAAAAUCACCACGUGAGGUUUCAAUGAAGAAGGGUGAUGUGCUGACGCUUCUCAACUCGAAUAACAAAGACUGGUGGAAGGUUGAGGUGAACGAUCGCCAAGGAUUUGUGCCAGCUGCCUACAUCAAAAAGAUUGAAGCUGGUCUAAGUGCUAGUCAGCAGAAUCUUGUGGAUAAUCACUCUAUUGCUAAACGCCAGAAUCAAAUCAAUUCCCAAUACGAUAAUUUGCUAGCGCUGGCACGCGAACGUCAAAACAAAUUGAACGAGACGGUAAAGGCAUACGUCCUCGUUCGAGAAGCAGCCGAUUUGGCCCACUGGAUUAAGGACAAAGAAAAUCACGCCCAAAUCGCUGAUGUUGUGGGUGAAGACCUUGAAGAAGUUGAAGUAUUACAAAAGAAGUUCGAUGAUUUCAACGACGACUUGAAGGCCAACGAAGUGCGCUUAGCAAACAUGAAUGAAAUCGCCGUUCAACUGACUUCUCUAGGCCAAACAGAGGCUGCCUUGAAGAUCCAAUCCCAAAUGCAAGACUUGAAUGACAAAUGGAACAACCUGCAGCAGCUGACCGCCGAAAAGGCGAGCCAACUUGGAUCUGCGCACGAAGUGCAGCGCUUCCAUCGAGACAUCGACGAAACGAAGGACUGGAUCGCUGAAAAGGAGAAUGCUCUAAACAAUAAUGACUUGGGCAAGGAUUUGCGCAGCGUUCAAACUUUGCAGCGCAAACACGAGGGUGUUGAACGCGACCUGGCUGCAUUGCGGGACAAAAUACGGCAAUUGGAUGAAACUGCCAAUCGCUUAAUGCAAUCACAUCCUGACACCGCUGAGCAAACUUACGCCAAACAAAAGGAGAUCAAUGAGAUGUGGGAUCAAAUUAUUACGAAAGCAACUGCACGUAAAGAAAAACUUUUGGACUCGAACACCGAACAGAGAUCGAUGCACGUGCCGGAACAUUUGCUGCCUUCGAACAGUUUGGCAAUGAACUUUUACAGGCCAAUCACUAUGCUUCACCCGAGAUCAAGGAGAAGAUCGAGGAUCUAGCCAAGACGCGUGAGGAGUUGGAAAAAGCAUGGACUGCUCGUCGUUUGCAGCUUGAGCAAAAUUUGGACCUGCAAUUAUAUAUGCGCGAUUGCGAGCUAGCUGAGUCAUGGAUGUCGGCACGUGAAGCCUUCCUUAAUGCCGAUGAUGUCGACAAUAAGGGUGAUAAUGUCGAAGCUUUGAUCAAAAAGCACGAAGAUUUCGAUAAGGCCAUCAAUGGGCACGAGGAGAAAAUAGCCGCUUUGCAAGUUUUGGCUGAUACUUUAAUCAAUCAAAACCACUACGCAUCCAAUCUGAUUGACGAUAAGAGGAAGCAGGUGUUAGAGCGCUGGCGUCACCUGAAGGAGGGUUUAAUUGAGAAACGUUCUCGAUUGGGUGAUGAGCAGACAUUGCAGCAAUUCUCUCGGGAUGCUGAUGAAAUCGAGAACUGGAUCGCUGAGAAAUUGCAACUCGCUACGGAAGAGAGCUACAAAGAUCCAGCCAAUAUUCAAUCGAAACACCAAAAGCAUCAGGCCUUCGAGGCUGAAUUGGCCGCCAACGCAGAUCGCAUUCAGAGUGUUUUAGCAAUGGGUGAAAACCUCAUUGAUAAGAAACAGUGCAGCGGCUCGGAAGAUGCUGUUCAAAAGCGUCUCACCCAAAUUGCCGAUCAGUGGGAAUAUCUGACACACAAAACCACAGAGAAGUCGCUGAAAUUAAAGGAAGCAAACAAACAGCGCACUUACAUCGCUGCUGUCAAGGACUUGGACUUCUGGUUGGGCGAGGUCGAAAGCUUGCUCACCACUGAGGAUUCUGGUAAGGAUUUGGCGUCAGUCCAAAACCUCAUGAAGAAGCAUCAGUUGGUAGAGGCGGAUAUCGUGGCACACGAAGACCGCAUCAAGGACAUGAACAACCAGGCCGAUUCCUUGGUUGACAGCGGUCAGUUUGAUAGUGCUGGCAUUCAGGAGAAACGUCAAAGCAUCAAUGAGCGCUAUGAACGCAUCUGUAAUUUGGCUGCACACCGCCAGGCUCGCUUGAACGAAGCACUAACGUUGCAUCAAUUCUUCCGCGAUAUUGCCGAUGAAGAAAGUUGGAUAAAAGAAAAGAAAUUGCUGGUUGGCUCAGAUGACUAUGGUCGCGAUUUGACUGGUGUUCAAAACCUAAAAAAGAAACAUAAGCGCCUCGAGGCCGAGUUGGCAUCACACGAGCCGGCAAUCCAGGCCGUGCAAGAAGCGGGUGAGAAGUUAAUGGACGUUUCUAAUUUGGGUGUUCCCGAGAUCGAACAGCGUCUGAAGGCCUUGAAUCAGGCUUGGGCCGAGCUCAAGAACUUGGCAGCAACACGCGGUCAGAAACUAGAUGAAUCCCUUAUAUAUCAACAAUUUUUAGCCCAAGUAGAGGAAGAAGAAGCAUGGAUAACAGAGAAGCAACAAUUACUCUCAGUUGAUGACUACGGUGAUUCUAUGGCUGCUGUGCAAGGACUUUUGAAGAAGCACGACGCAUUUGAAACCGACUUUGCAGCCCACAAAGAUCGGUGCUCGUUGAUAUGUGACCAAGGAUCUGAAUUGGUGGAAGCUAAAAACCACCACGGUGACUCUAUCGCGCAACGUUGCCAGCAACUGCGCAGCAAGCUUGAAAACUUGAAUGCAUUGGCUGCUCGUCGCAAGGGUGCCCUCUUGGACAAUUCUGCCUAUUUGCAAUUCAUGUGGAAGGCUGAUGUGGUCGAAAGCUGGAUCGCCGAUAAAGAGAACUAUGUGCGUUCCGAUGAAUACGGCCGCGACCUUUCAACCGUUCAAACUCUGUUGACCAAACAAGAGACAUUUGACGCUGGUCUCAAUGCCUUUGAGCAAGAAGGUAUUCACAACAUAACUGCUCUAAAGGAUCAACUCAUCAAUGCGAACCAUGCUCAAUCGCCGGCUAUUUUGAAACGUCACGAAGAUGUCAUUUCCCGUUGGAACAAAUUGCGCGAAGCUUCUGAGACGCGCAAGCAACGCUUAUUGGCCAUGCAAGAUCAGUUCCGCCAAAUCGAGGAACUCUACUUGACAUUUGCGAAGAAAGCUUCGGCCUUCAAUUCUUGGUUCGAAAAUGCCGAAGAGGACCUUACUGAUCCUGUUCGCUGCAAUUCGAUCGAAGAAAUACGUGCUCUGCGCGAUGCGCACGCACAAUUCCAGGCUUCACUCUCGUCGGCCGAGGCGGACUUUAAAGCUUUGGCAGCGCUCGAUCAAAAGAUCAAGAGCUUCAAUGUUGGGCCUAACCCAUACACUUGGUUCACCAUGGAAGCUCUUGAAGAGACAUGGCGCAACUUGCAAAAGAUCAUAGAGGAGCGAGAUGGCGAAUUGGCCAAGGAGGCGAAGCGUCAAGAAGAAAAUGACAAACUGCGAAAGGAGUUUGCAAAACAUGCCAAUCUAUUCCAUACGUGGCUCACCGAAACAAGAACUAGUAUGAUGGAAGGUUCCGGUUCAUUGGAACAGCAACUGGAAGCUCUUCGUAUCAAGGCUACAGAAGUAAGAGCCCGUCGUGUUGACUUAAAGAAAAUUGAAGAAUUGGGAGCAUUACUAGAAGAACAUUUGAUAUUGGACAAUCGCUACACAGAACAUUCAACUGUUGGGCUGGCCCAGCAAUGGGAUCAGCUUGACCAACUAUCAAUGCGUAUGCAACACAACUUAGAGCAACAGAUACAGGCGCGUAAUCACUCUGGAGUGUCAGAGGACUCACUGAAGGAAUUCUCAAUGAUGUUCAAGCACUUUGAUAAAGACAAGAGUGGCAAAUUGAAUCACCAAGAAUUUAAAUCAUGUCUGCGAGCACUCGGCUACGAUCUGCCUAUGGUGGAGGAAGGUCAGCCUGACCCAGAAUUCGAGGCCAUUCUCAAUGUUGUGGAUCCGAAUCGUGAUGGACAUGUUUCAUUGCAGGAAUACAUAGCAUUUAUGAUUUCUAAGGAAACAGAGAAUGUGCAAUCCUACGAAGAAAUCGAGAAUGCUUUCCGCGCAAUCACUGCCUCCGACCGCCCCUACGUAACAAAGGAAGAGCUUUACUGCAACCUAACCAAGGACAUGGCGGACUAUUGUGUGCAGCGUAUGAAACCCUAUGUGGAACCCCGUUCAGGCCAAUCAAUAAAGGACGCUCUCGACUAUAUCGAGUUUACAAGAACACUGUUUCAAAAUUAAAUGAAGAGUUAUAUUAAAAAUUUAAAUAUUUCCCCUAACACCAAAUCAAAAUAUUUCCCCAAUCCUUGGAUAGUAUAGAUGUAAGCAUUAUUCACUCCUUGUACUAAAGUUUCGCUUACAAAGGUAAAGACAAACGGCGAAAUACAAGACAUGAAGAUUUUUGUAUCCCCACAUAACUACAUAAAUAACUAUAUCCGUAUGUUAAUCAUAUUUACGAAUCACUUUCAAGUAGCAGUGAAAACAUUUGCAGUGUUAAUAUCUCGUAAAACGACUCUAUGAUCUUUUAUGCCACUUUAAAGCGAGAAUAUCAAUACAAUAUACGUUAUGUACGCAUGCACAGAUAGGAAACAAACCAGUUUUUUAUUAUCCUUCUAUUCUUCUGCCGAUAUAUGUAGUAUAAGAAACUUUGUCAAUCCCCAUAAAAUUAAAAAAUUCAUUUAUAUGGGCAAUUCCAGCGAAAAGUCUACGGCGAAAAAAAAAAUAAAAUAAAAAUCCUAUAUCUAACUUA